AUGAGAGCUCUUUGGUUGGGCAACGCGUUGUGGUGGUGGAUACUCAGCUUGUCGGAGAUCGGAGUCGGUUGGUGCGUGUUCACACCGGUGCUGGAAAUACAGCAGGGCAAGGUGAGGGGCCUGAGGAGCAUCUCCGGGCAGAACCGGUAUUAUGGCAUACCGUACGCCACCAGUGAGAGGUUUCAGCCUCCGAAGGAGCCGCGGAAAUGGAGCGGUGUGUUCGACGCCGUGGACCGCUUCCGCAGCUGUCCCCAGAUGCUCCUCUUUGUUGUGGUGGGCACCGAGGAUUGCCUCGCCCUCGACGUGUACAGCCCCGAGUCUGUGAAGCCCACAAAGAAACUGCCCGUCAUGGUGUUCAUACACGGCGGCGCUUACUACUACGGCACCAAAGCCCACUACGAUCCCGAAUAUCUAGUCACCAAGAACGUGGUUGUGGUCGUGAUCAACUACAGACUGAAUGUGCUGGGGUUUUUGUGCGUGAACGGUGUGUCCAACUUGGGCUUGAAAGACCAGGUGGCCGCCCUAAAGUGGGUGAGAAGGAACAUAGCGGCGUUCGGCGGGGACCCGGACAACGUGACCCUGUGCGGCCAGAGCGCUGGUGCCAGUGCGGCCACAAUGCACCUAAUAUCCGACCAAAGCGACGGCUUAUUCCACAAGGUAAUAGCGAUGAGUGGCUCCGUGUUCGCCCCGUGGGCUUUCAACCUGGAACCGCUGGCGCCCGCUUUGGAAGACGCGCGGAAGAUCGCCCCAGCCGACACAGAGUACGACAUUCAUAGAGUAUUCCUCAACGCGCCCAUCGAGGAGCUCAUUCGCGCCACCAGCGACACUUCGGUGAAUCCGAAGCACUUCAAGUACUCUCCGUGCAUGGAUACGAACAGCACGGAGCCGUUCUUCCGCGACACUCCGUACAAACUGUUCAAAAGUGGGGAGUUCCACCAGGUGCCUGUGAUGUUGGGGCACGCUGAGGUUGAAGGGAUCCUGUUCUACGGUAUAGCGGAUGAGGAGUUCUUGGCUAAAUUGAAUAGGGAGUUCGACGAGCAGCUGCCCUCUGUAUUCUCCUGGUGUUCGAAGGAAGAUCGCAAAGCUAUAGGCGCGUCACUCCGCUCCCAUUACUUCGGUGGGGCGAACAUAACUAAAGGCUCAAUGCGCGGUCUCGUGCGAUAUUACUCUGACUGGAUUGUCCACGGUACUCAUGACGAAUUCCUCAAUCUCCUAACGACGGCGUCCGAUCAGCCGGUCUACAAUUACGUAUUCUCUUAUCGGGGCAAUAGGAACUUCGCCAAGUGGAUAUCCGGCGUGAGAGUAGACCAGACGACCCAUUCUGACGACGUGUUCUAUGUCUUCAAGCCGGCUGGUUUGCCAUUGCCUCUGACGCGGCCUGAUCGCAUUUUCAUCGACCGACUGACCCUCAUGAUCACUAACUUUAUGAAAUACGGCGAUCCGACGCCUAUAGCCAGUAAUCGGCACCCAGUGCGCUGGCCGCGAGCGAACGCGUCGCUCGCCAUGCGAUUGUCUGAUACUCCUGGACCGAUUACCCCUCCAUCCAGCAAGGGUCUGUUCCAGAGUGUGCUCUGCAAGUUCGGCCAGUCAGGGCACGUGCCCUGCGACAGCGAAGCGAGUUGCCGGCCAGCC